AUGCUAUACACUUCCCCCAGCCAAGCCCGUAGUUCAAGUGCCUAUUCCGUCAGACUCCCAAACAUGUCCCAACUCAUAAACUAAUCCUCCUUUACUCCCAACUUUCAAUUCAACUCUCCAGCCAGAUCCUAUCUCAAAACCAACGAGAUCAAGUAACGCAAACUUCAGCAUCACUCAGUUGUUGCCAAACUAACAGACAUCAUCAACAACCAACAUCCCAAAAAGAUCCCUCGCUAAAGUUUGCAAUCUGUCAAUCGUCGCACUUCUGCAUAUUGCAUCACUGAUAAGACUCAGAUUUUGUGGGAUUCUCUCAAAGUCAAAUUUGAACACGAGGCCUCAGACCAACUCUAUGAAUUGCUACUUGAAUUACUCAAACAAUCUAACCAUCUGCAAGUAGAAAAAUACACACUUCCAAUACACACCAAAUAAGAAUUCACUAGAUUUAAACACAACUUCAUACUCACCUUCCUCAUGGAACCCAACCUACUCAAAAUCAUUCACAAACUAGAGCAAUUUAGACAACCACUCUUGAAUCCCCCCUCUCUCUAUCAAGAAUUGAGAGGCUACUCAACUAUCAGUCAAAUUGUCGACCUAUUGUACCAACAACUCCUCAAAGACAUUACUCUAUAACCCUUCCUGGUUCCUUAUCCAGAAAGGGAUUUCAAACAAUUCGCAAUUCAGUUAAUCACCAAUCUCAUACAAUCACAAGGGAAUAGCACUGAGCUAAAGAUCCAACUCCACCAAUUUUCUGAACUCCAUAAACUAAAUCAUGUGCAUUUCACUCAAUUUAAAAUCCUUUUCUACAGAAUUCUCAUACAAUUCUCAAUCAAUGAAAGAGCCAUUCGUAAAAUAUUAAAAAUCAUCGACUCUUAUAAAUCAUCAAUUCUGAGAGCAAAACCAAUCAAAAAUUACUUAAUCGAAAAUUCUGAGAUAUUGCCACUCAUGGUAGUAGAUGCCAAAAAUUAAGAACAACAAAAAAAAUAAAUCAUGUUGCUUCUAGAAUAUAUCACAAACAAUCAUUCAAGAGCUAUUAAAAAGGAUGAUUUGCUUAUGCUCAACAUUAAUCAAAACGUUUGCCAAGCAAUCAUCUCAACUCUUCAAUCCCUCAAACCCAACCAUCUAAUAAUGCAAGAUUUUACUUAAGAUCUGAGAUCUUGUCUUAGUUAGAAUUACACUAUCCCAUCUCGCUUACUCGACAAAUUAGCCAAGAAAUUGAACUAAGUGCCUUUUUAUGCUACCAUUUACAAAGAACACUCCAUAGAUUGGAAAAAACUCACCAAAAUUGAGAUCGACUUCAUAUCAUAAAACAGAACUCACUUUAGAAAAAAAGAAAUUCAAUUAAUCCACAAGAGAUUUAAAAUUACUAACGAAAUUUUUGAUUCCUACAUUUAAAACAUCCAAGAUAUUAUGGGAGUCUAUAGCCAGAAUCUAGUAAGUCGAAUAAACCACUAUAGAGAUUGGAUAGUUACUGAGAAAAACAUUUGA